GGCGGGGCCGGGCCGGGCCCUCGGCUGCCGGCGGGCGGGCCCAGCCCAGCCCGGCCGGGAGCGCUUCCCCGCGGCCUCCCUCCCUCGUGGUGGUUGGUUUCUGUGGCAGAGGCAGAGCAACGUGUGGCAGGAUGUGUGAAGGGCCAUCCAGGAUUUCUGGCCCCAUUCCUCCAGACCCAACGCUCUUUCCAGAGUAUUACAAACGCCCCGUCUCAGCUCGAGGGAGGCUGGAAGGAAAUGCUCAGAAGAUGUGUUUAACCUGCCUGGACCCAGUUGCCAACCCCUACCCCGCGCUGGGCAGUGCCCGCCAGGCCCAGCCAGCCCCUCGCAUUCGCCCCAGCGGGCAGGACUUCCUGGAGAGGGGACAGAAAGGGACACUCAGCCUCUUGCUGCAGCUCCAGGGGAUCUCCCUUGAUGAGGGAAUGCCAGCUAAGAGGAAAGAGGCCAAGGACUACGAGAAGGAGAAUGUGAGGCGGAUAAAGGAGAUUCAGAAGAAGUGCAAGGAGAAGGAGCGAGCCCAAGAGCGCAGCCAGCCCAAGCCUGUGAAAGCUCUGUGGAAAUCCCAGAAAUACGAAAAUGUGGAGUCAAAGGUGAAGGCCAAACUGCAGGAGACCUCCCCACCUCCCAAUCCCGAGGCUGUGAAUUUCCUGAGGGCGUAUUCCCGCUGUGGCUCUGGGGUCAGGCCCUGCCGACCACUGUCCCCAAGGCCUGUCAGAGCAAAAGCAGGAGCAGACACAGAGGCACAGGCUGCUGAAACCAAGCCUGCUGGAGAGGAAGGAGCUGUGGCGCAAGCAGACGGAGGAGCGGCUGCGGAACCUGCCAGACCCCGACACGCCGCCCGGGCACACCAUGAUGCCCGAGGGCCAGCGCCUGGAGACCCUCGGCAGCCUGAAGCAGAGCCAAGAGCAGCUGAUAAAGGACCUGGUUCUGCUGCCAAUGCGUGGAGACAGUCUCAAGAUGCAGAAGAGGCGAGUAGAGCUCGAGAGGAAGCUCUCCCAGAUAGAAGAGGCAAUCAAAAUUUUCUCAAGGCCAAAAGUUUUCAUCAAGUUGGACUCCUGAGCUGGUGGGGCCAGGUGUGCUGUGCUGCUCUGCCUGAACCUCCUUUGUUGCUGGGCAGGAAUGGACAUCACUUUUUGGGAGGGAAGGAGAGGAAGCCAAGUUCCAGACCCUGGGCCCGUGCAGGUGUUGAUAACAGUGUCCAUCUCUUGCUGGCAUCUCUUGCUCACCUUUCAGUGCUGUGUCUUGUCCACAGAAAAGGGAGGGAGAUGCUCUAAUAAAGGCUCUGCUCAGUGGUCUGGGGAACAGUUGUCUCUGCUGCUUGACUUCUCACAGAUCAGCUCUCUGCUCUCUGUGGCAUCACCUCUUACUUUCCCUUUUUUUCCUACUUCUAGAAACUGGUAGGAGGUCUCUUGUGCUGCUGCCUGUGCUAUUCCUUGUCAUUCUCCUUCUCCUGAGCUGGACCAUGGUCAUGUCUCAUCCUGAUCCCCUGGGAGCUCAGGGGACAGCUUGGGGAUAAGAAAGAGGCACAGAGCUUCAGUGUUUUCUGCCCAGAGAAGGGCUGAGCUGUCAGGAGGGUCUGGAGAAUCCUAUGUUGUCUGGGGCAGGAAAUACUCCAAUAAAUCAUCAUUUCCAUCUUGCA